GCUGUCUCUUUAGCGUUGAGGGAUAUUUAAUAAUGUUGCCAUUGCAUGCGUCUGUCAUUGGUUCUCCAGUAAUUUCCAUCUACAACACACUGUGUAACAAUGACACAGUACUGGGAGAAAUGUUAGAGAAAGUGUGUUGCAAGCUUUGCAACGCAACAACACCGACCAGGGUUUAGACUCGGUCUCACAUGAUCAUGUUUUCUGGAUAUUAUUAUGGAGAAAACAUAAAGAGAUUGGCGAUGGGCAGCUGAAGGGGCCGUUUAGUUUCCGGGUUAAAAUGUUACGAGAUAUAAUGGAUAUUCAAAAUGCAGCUAGUAGUUGAACAUUCUCCAAAACUUUAAAACGAAAUUUUGAUUUGUUUUUCUUUGUUCAAAGUUUUUUUCUUUAUUGUUUAAAGCUUCAUUUGUAACACCUGCUGUACAAGAAUACACGUUUAUUUUGUUAAGUGUUGUCUAGUUUGUUUUGUUAACUUACAUCGUUUUUCUUUAUUUUUAUUUGCUGUUGUUGUUGUUUUAACCCGGUAAACUUUGACAAAUCCAGUGAACAUAUUCUACACAGCCUGAAGUCGUUUACAAAGCUGUGUAUUUUCUGUUUUACAAUUACAAAGAUAAGAGCUGGGUUUGUGUUGAAGAACAGCCACAGACUUACACCAGAACGAAGCAAUGGCUGUUCCCCGAACAGAAGUGUUCUUGUACGAGCGGGCUGUUAUCUUGAUUUCAUGUUUCUUCUCAUUUUUAGGCUCCUGUAUAAUCAUAUUUAGUUACGUGUUCUGGGCUGAUUUAAGAACUAAACCGAGGAAACUGCUGGUUUUCCUGUCGGUGGCCGACUUGCUCUCUGCUGUUUCUUACUUUUACGGAGUUUUAAGGGAUUUUGAUUCGGAUUCCUGGGACUGCGUGCUCUAAGGCUGCGUGUCUACAUUUGCAAACACAAGCUCGUUUUUCUGGACUGUCGCUAUAGCCAUUUACUUGUAUAUUUUCAUCGUCAGAUCUGACCAGAGGACGGCAAAUAGUUUGAUUUUGUGGUUUCAUAUCAUCAGCUGGUGCGUCCCUCUGGGGAUCACCAUAGCAGCAGUGUCCCUGCAGAAGAUUGGCUACGAUGCCUCCAACGUAUCCGUGGGCUGGUGCUGGGUCAGUAUCCACGCCAGCGACCAAAUUCUUUGGAUGCUGCUCACAGGAAAAAUCUGGGAAAUUCUGGCUUACAUCACUCUCCCUAUCCUUUACAUCCUAAUCAAAAAUCACAUUAAAACUGCACACGCCGCUCUAUCCGAGUACAGGCCCAUCCUGUCUGCUAGCCCCAUGUCUCAGUCCCAAUCCUCCAUGGCGGACACAAAGCUAACGCUCAUCCCUGUCAUCUUCAUCGCCCUGCGAAUCUGGAGCACCAUCCGCUUCGUCCUCACCCUUGCAGAGUCCCCCGCGGUGCAGAACCCGAUGCUCGUAAUCCUGCAUGGAGUUGGAAACACGUUUCAGGGAGGCGCCAACUGCAUCAUGUUUGUACUGUGCACCCAGGUGGUGCGAUCGCGGCUGGCGUCCGCGCUGUGCUGCUGCAGGUACGAGGCUGGCUGUACCUGCUGCAGGGGAUCCGAUAGCAACCAGCAGCCUGUCGAGACACCACGCACAGAGGAGCUGCACCGUCCUGUCUGGGCUGAAGAGCAGUGACCAGAAUGUUUAUUAACUAGCAGGACACACGCACAGCAGUGCACUAGCAAGUUCAGCACACAGCGGAGUGCCUUAAAGACAAGGCUGUGCUGUACUGUACUGUACCGCAGAGAGCAAAGCACACAUAUGCAAAGGAGGGGUUGGGCUUUAUUUAAAAAAUGAAUAUGUUUGUACUGUAUCGCACUACCAGGUACUAAUGCUGCAUUAGAACCUUACUCGUUCCCUCUCUUAGAA